AUAGACACGAACGAACAAUUUCAAUUGAGCAAGAACUAAAGAACAGAUACAUGUAACAGAAAGAGAAAGGAAAAUGAACAUGCACAUCUAUAGUUCAUAAGGAAGAAUAUUUCCUUAACAAAAAUGACGAAUACAGGUGAGAAAUGAUGUAAUUUGUUUGAGAGUUCACAAACUUGAACAAACUAUAGUGAUGAUGAUGCAAUAUUUCAAACAAAUCGAAUGCUACAAAUCAUUGACAAAUACGAAUUCAAGUUUUAUUGGUCAAAAAAAAGAGUUGAACGAACCUAGAGCAGAGGAAAGUGAAGAAUAUAGGUGAUGAAAUACAUAAUAUAUCAUAAAAUAUGUAAUCGCAUUGGGUUAUAGUGACGCCGAAAAAAUAUAUCCAUCAAGAAUAACAACUAUAGAGUCAGAAAAUGCAAAAAAAAGUAUUUGAAGAGAAAUGGAUAUUGAUUAUCGGCCUACAUGUUUAUCUGAUUUCAACGAACUGUCAUGGCCAACGUUUUCACUUCCAACAAGUCCACUGCCUUCGGACUUUUACAAAAGAAUGUUGCCUGAUACUUUCUUCAAUCUCAUUACAGAAUAUACAAAUCUUCGCGCCAAACGAUAUUUUGCCAAUGUCGUCAAAAAAAAUGAUAAAUCUUGGUGUGAUGUAAGAUAAAAUCAAUUUCAAAACAUAGCUAUAUGGAUUCACAUGAGAAUGAUGCGUAAACAACGUUUACGAGAUUAUUAGUCGACUGAUACUCUUUUGGUAACACCAAUAUUUCAUUCCAAAAAUUAUCUAUCUCGUGACCGAUUCUUUCAAAUUCUUCGAUGAGAAAUAAUAAGAAUCUCAAUAAACUAUAGAGUUAUUUUUGUAUUAGAUUUUUGAGAUUUGCAGACUAUGAAAAAAUGAUUGAAAACGAUCGACUAAAAAAAAUACGACCACUUACAACAUUUGUUCGAGAUCUCUGCAUGUCGAUGUAUAUUCCAAGAAGAAAUGUUGUCGUCGAUGAAACACUACUCCUGUACUUUUUAUUUUGACAAGUGAACAGAAAUUUUUAGUUUUAGGAUAAUUAUAUAUUUUGUUAAUGUAUAAUAAAUGUUAAUACAAUUUGUUUUUUUUAAUUUUUUUAUAAACUAAUUUUAUUGUUUUUAAGAAAAGAGAAAGAUAAUAAGAAAAAAGGAGAAAAAUAAAUAAUUAAAUAGAGUAUGAGUAUAACGCGAGGCCUUUCGAAUUAAUUCUUUUUCAAGCGAUUUAUUCAAAAAGUAUCAUUACAAAGGAAAGUUUAAUUGAAUCUUGCAGGAACAACGAUUUUAGUUUUCAUUAAAGAAUCUUUUCAUAAUGUAUUUUAAUGUGUUUUAACGCAUUUUAAUGCAAUUUUAUGUAUUUUUAUGCAUUUUUAUGAAAUUUAGUGUGUUGCUGAUAAUAGAUUUUGUUUUAGAUACAUUAUUACGAAAUUGUUUAAGUGGUAAGAGAUAAUUUUUACAAAUAAAGGAGUUAGAGGGGAGGAAGCGAUUUUUCAAAUAAUGGAAGUAAGGAGAGACGAUUUUACAAGUAAUAGAAGUAGAGUGAAAGACUCAUUAAUACAAUAGAGAGAGAAAGCUGUUACAAUAUAUAAAAGAAAGGGUUUAAGAAUAUAUAGAAGAAAGGUUUUUCAAUUACAGAAAAAGCAAGAUAUAUGUACAGAAAAAAAGAAGAAGAUAUAUGUGCUUUACAAUCAAUUGGGGUAGGUUGAAAUAAAAAUAAAGAUUAGAAUAUGUGCAGAUUAGCAUUCUUAUCAAUAAUAUUUGUUGUGAUCUUUUUUUCUAUUUUGAUCCUGAUGAUAUUUUUUAUUCUUUAUUCUGGUUCUGAUGAUGCUGGUAGUAGUCUUAUCGUUUCUUUGCUUGGCUUCUUUUGCACUAGUAUAUGUUUUAGGCUAUGGGUGAGUCGAUUCGCAUAUAUGACAGGAAUGUCAUCUAAUGGCGUGCCUUCAAAUAUCUCCUGCCGUAUCUGAUGGAAGUGUGAUCCGAAGUUUACUAAUGACGGUGCAUAUGUAAAAUGCAAGAGGAUAUCUGUGCCAAAAUUUAUUUUUAUUUUUUCUUUUUUUGUUCAAUGCUGUAUCUAACACUAGUUCUCUGAAUUUCGAAUGAUCUUUACUUAAGAGUAUCUAUGAUGUUCCUUCCCGUGUUAGGUCGUAGAAAAAACGUCCUAUGUGCUUAUCUAUGAAUUUGGGUGGGUAUUUGUUCAAAAGUAAUGUUAUCCUAAUCGUUUCUAAUUCACAUUGUAAAUCUUCAGGGUGUGACGGGUAGUACAUGUGGUUGGGCUGCUAAUUUUCUGAAAACUGUUGUUCUAAGGUUGGGGAUCUCCGUAGUAGCUUUAACAUCAAAAUAUUAUAUUGUUUUUUCACUUGCUCACGUUAUGCUUAUAUUGGGAUCCUUUCGAUUUAAUUCUUGCAAGGUUUUUUCUAUUUGUUCUGGGGAUUGUUCAGUAGUAAAAAAGAUGUCGUCUCGGAAUCGAAGAUACAGUUCAUGUUGUCUGUGUUCUUCACGUACAAAGUCACGUUCCCAUUUUCGAAUAUAGAUAUCGGCCAAUACCUGAGUGCAUGCCGAUCCCAUUGCUCCUCCUCUAAUCUGUUGGUAAUAUUUAGGUUUUAAUCCUGGUAAUUGUAGGGAAAAGUAUGAGUUCUCUCGUACGUCGAAAAGUAAAUCUUUUAUUAUAUUAAUUGAUAGUCCACAGAUCUUUUUGUACCCAUAUCGUCCUAGAAAUUCGCAUACUGCUAAUACUGAUUCUCUUUGUGGAAUCAUAUUAUAUAGAUCGGCAAUGUCGAAUGUGUACAUAUUUGGGUGUGUGUGUGGUUGUUAUGUCAGGGUCUCACUGAAACGAAUACCCACACCCCAACCUUUUUAUAUUUUGAUUUAAUUUGAUUUUUUUGUAUUUUCGUUCCUGACCUAUUCUUUUUAACUAAAUAGAAUCAAAAUUAUCUAUCUCAUGUUUUAUUUGAUUUAUUAAUGGCUCAUGAAAGUCAAAAAAAUAGGUUAGUAUAAUGCACCGAAAGAGGACACGAGAGUUUCACACUUCAAUUUCAGAAGAGUUGCUUUAACAAGCUUUUUUCUCUUUUUUUUGAUAAUUUUAAGAUAUAUAAAAAAUUCACGCGUCAUUAGAAAAUAUUUAGCAUAUUGAAGAAAUAUUCUCAAAAUGCUACCUAGAAAAUCAUCGAGCAUCAUUUAUGAUACAGAUAUUAAUUUCUAAACAAAACCAGCUGUUCUCGAAGAAUUAUCUAUGCUUGUUUUAAAAUUUUUUUUUAAUUUUCAAAUCAUCAAUCUUUGUUUUCUAGAACGUCUGAUUUUUCAACUGCUAGUAUAACUAGUGAUCUUUCUGUACUUAGUCGAGACGAUGUUCAAACAUUGGAGGUACCAUUUUCGCUUCCAAUACUUGAUUUCGCAUAUUGUAUUGACAAUGCUUUACCAUCAUUAUUACCUGGUCAUAUGACACAUAUAUCCGAAAUCAUUCACCAAGCAUUCGGAGUUGAUAUAGAACUACAUUAA